GCCAGCAGCGGUGAGUCAAAGGUCUUCUACCAGAAGAUGAAGGCGGAUUACUACCGCUACAUCGCUGAGUUCCGGGAUGGCGAUGCAAAGAGCGCUGCGGCGGAGAAGGCUCGCCAGGCCUACCAAGAAGCCGAGGACAUUGCAAAGAAAGACCUGGCGGUGACCCAUCCAAUUCGACUUGGCUUGGCCUUGAACUACUCCGUCUUCAUGUACGAGGUGCUGGGCAAUCCGGAAGAUGCUUGCAAGAUGGCACGCACGGCCUUCGAGGAUGCCAUUGCCGAGUUGGACAAUGUGGCUGAGGAUUCCUACAAGGACUCGACGCUCAUCAUGCAGCU